AUGAAGCGCGAUCAAGACAUCAAAGCUUUUCCUAUUAAUAAAAAUACCCAGGACAAAGAGCGCCUUCGGGCAUCUCUCGCACCAAACAUCAUUGCAGACUAUACACUCGUCGUUCCUGAAUGGGGUCAACAAACUUUCACUGCAGACGCUUUCGUAGAAGAAUGGCUCGGCCCUAAGAAACUCGGAGUGAAAGCUCUCGCAACCCAACAUCUGUUAGGAGCGCCCUAUUUCAAGAGUGUUACCGACUCAGAAAUUAUUGUAGUAUGGCAGCAACUAGCGAGUCAUGCGCGGAGAGAAGUAGGCGAGGAUUACAAUCACCCGCAUUGUAAGAUUGGGGAAACAUCGGAUGGGAGAUCGUAUAUGCAACAGACAUUUGUGAAGGUAGAGGGGCAGUGGAGGAUUUCGGUUAUUAAGCCGGAGGUGAUAUAUCAUACGGGUGAUCUCAUGGCGUUGGGAAGACCAAAUGAGUAA